ACCGUCACACCCCACCUCGCACCCCCCACCGGACCGCCCAGCAUGAGUGGCUUCCGCUUCCUCUCCCUCGUGCGCCCCUUCAUGAGCGUCCUGCCCGAGGUCUCGGCGCCGGAACGCAAGGUGCCGUUCCAGUCGCGCAUGGCCUGGACGGCCAUCGUGCUUGCCAUCUUCCUCGUCUCGUCGCAGAUUCCGCUGUACGGCAUCAUGUCGAGCGACUCGUCGGACCCGCUCUACUGGAUGCGCGUCAUUCUGGCGUCGAACCGCGGCACGCUCAUGGAGCUCGGCAUCUCGCCCAUCGUCACGAGCGGCAUGAUCAUGCAGCUCCUCGCCGGCGCCAACCUCGUCGAGGUCGACUUUUCGCUCAAGGAGGACCGCGCGCUGUUUGGCGGCGCACAGAAGCUCUUUGCCAUCAUCAUCUCGCUCGGCCAGGCGACCGUCUACGUGCUUACUGGCCUGUACGGCCAGCCUUCGGACCUGGGUGCCGGAGUCUGCCUGCUGCUCAUCCUGCAGCUCGUCGUUGCCGGCCUCAUCGUCAUUCUGCUCGACGAGCUGCUGCAGAAGGGCUACGGCCUUGGCUCGGGCAUCUCGCUCUUCAUCGCCACGAACAUCUGCGAGAGCAUCGUGUGGAAGGCCUUCUCGCCCACGACGAUCAACACGGGCCGCGGCCCCGAGUUUGAGGGUGCCCUCGUGGCCCUCUUCCACUUGCUCUUUACGUGGAACGACAAGACGCGCGCGCUCAAGGAGGCCUUCUUCCGCGAGCGGCUGCCCAACGUGAUGAACCUCGUGGCCACGCUGCUCGUCUUCCUCGUCGUCAUCUACCUGCAGGGCUUCCGCAUCGAGAUUCCCGUCAAGUCGAACCGCUUCCGCGGACAGCGCGGCACGUACCCCGUCAAGCUCUUCUACACGAGCAACAUGCCCAUCAUGCUCGAGUCGGCCCUGACGAGCAACGUGUUCAUCAUCUCGCAGAUGCUCGCCUCGCGCUUCCCCUCGAACCUGGCCGUGCGCCUGCUGGGCGUGUGGGAGCCCAUGGAGGACUCGCCGCAGCUGCAUGCCAUCUCGGGCAUUGCCUACUACAUGUCGCCGCCGCACACGUUCCGCGAGGUGCUCGGCGACCCCAUCCACACGGCCGUGUACAUUGCCUUUACGCUCUCGGCCUGCGCGCUCUUCAGCAAGACGUGGAUCGAGGUCUCGGGCUCUGGCCCGCGCGAGGUCGCAAAGCAGCUCAAGGACAACCAGAUGGUCAUGGCCGGUCACCGCGAGGGCAGCAUGUACAAGGAGCUCAAGCGCGUCAUCCCUGCCGCCGCGAUGCUUGGCGGCGCCACCAUCGGUGCUCUCUCCGUCACGGCUGACCUGAUCGGCGCCUUCGGCUCCGGCACCGGCGUGCUCCUCGCCAGCACGACCAUCUUCGUGAGCAUCGCGCGCGAGCAAGGCCUUUCGUAGGCAUCGCACACUGAACCCACGUCUGCCCUGUCUUCGCACCCGCCCACAGUCCUACUUCGAGCUCGGCAUCCGCGAGAUGGGCGGCGCCGAGAUGGGCGCCAUGGGCGACCUGAUCGGCUAAGCGGCGCCUCCACUGGUGUCGCCUCCGCGCUCAGCGAGUAGGCUGGCGCAACCUUGGAAGGCAAGACGUCGCAGAGGGCGGCGCUUCUGCAGGAGGGAGAGAAGAAGGAAGGGGAGGGUCAGGGCAUGGCCUUGGGCCUGCUUGCGUGCGACGGGAGCAGGCGCGUGUGAAUAGAGAAGAAGCGAAGCGCAAGUGGGG